AUGAUACAUUUGUACUUAUCAAAUAGAAAACAUUAAUGCCCUGUAUUGAAAUGACAGCUCAGCUGUUAGCUGUCAUAUUUGCCUUUGUUGUUGUUGGUAGCAUUCAGUAUGUUGUUGUUGACAACUCAAUUGAAUUGAGUUGGUUAAGAAAUUAAUAAGAAGUUGGGAGUAAAAGUCUGCGACGAAGACGCACGAUAAGUUUAAAAAUCUGGAAUCUGGUUUAAUUUAUUUCUUUAAAAAUAAAUUGUAAAACCAAUAUGUCGAAAGUUAUAUCUCAAGAAACAUUUGAUGAUGUUGUUAAGGAAAAUAUUGUGGACUUUUCCAUGGAUCCAGUGGAAGCUAAAGAAGAGACUAUUAAACAAUUUGAGGCACAAGGAAUUAAUUUGGCAAACAUUAUAAAGGACUUAGCUCUGAAUCCGGAUAGUGGAGUACCAUUACUAAAUGAAACAAUAGACAAAAUAAAGGCGCAUAUUGGUGCAAAUUCAUCAGAAACAGAAACGCUUUUAGAGUGUUUAGUUAUUUUAGAAGAAGAGUGCCAAAAAUCUAUACCACAUCGUGUCUUAGCUGGGAAAAAUGGUGCUCACGAUGUUCUAAUUACGCUACUCGAGGGACAAGUUUUGUCAGAAAAUAAUUCAAAUCCAAACAUUGAGGUUUUAGAAAAAUGUCUAAAAGCUAUGAACAGCCUUAUUAACAAGCAACCCGACCUCUUUGAUGCAGAGUCUUUAGCACUUAUAAUACCUUUACUUAAAGUGGAAAAUGUAGAGAUUUGCUGUCUUACAUUGCAAUGGUUGCAGAAAGCAUGUAUUAUGCAUGAAAUGAAUCGGCAAAACAUUAUGAAUGCAGGUCUUUUAAAACACUUAAAAUCCCACGUAUCCAAAAAUAACGUGCAAGUAUUAUCCAAUGUUAUUGCCGUCUUUCGUUACUUGGUGCUGGAUGAUGAUAUACGUAUUGAGUACGGUUGUGCACAUGAACAUGCAAAAAAUAUAGCUAACGAAGUACUCGUCGAUUUAACGAAGUUGCUGAAAGAUAUACAAGACACAAAUGUGGUAGCUGAUCUACUUUUGACAAUCGGUACAUUAUCUGUGCGACAUGAGUUUUGUGCUGCUGUUGAAGAAGUUGGAGGCCUUAAAAUAAUAUUUGAAAUUAUGACUGCUAAUCCGAAAUCAGUGCGUAUAAACCGUGAGGCUUUAAAACUAAUACGUGCGCUCGCUGGACAUGAUAGCGUUAAAUUACAAAUAGUGCAACAAGGAGCUGCGCCCAUAAUAAAAGAACUGUUGGUUAUUCACAAUUCAAAUGAGAACGUUGUCUCUGUUGCUUUGCUCUGCAUUUCAACUUUAACGCUACGUGCCAAGGAUAAUAGUGUGACAUUUUUUGAAAUUGGCGUGACGGAACCUAUAGUUGAAGUCAUACGUUUGCAUCCGAAAAAUAAAAUGAUACAACGUAAUGCUGCUUGGGCAAUACGUAAUAUGGUGUCACGAUCUCGUGACCAAUGCGAAACUUGGCUCUCACAUGGGAUCGAAGACUUGCUGAAUGCUGCCAUGAUCGAACAUCCAGCUGUGGAGCAUGAUAUUAAGGCUGCCUUACGCGACUUAGGCUGUAAAGUUGUUUUAAAAGAGGAAUGGACUGGCACUGCCGAAAAGAAAAUCGUGAAUUCCUAAUGCAAUUGGCAAUAAAAUGCAAAACUAUUCAAGUGGUCUUAACAAUAUAUAGCAAACUGAUCGUGCUUAAAAGUAUUAAUCAAAAUUCACUUUUAAUACUAAUUUUUUUUAAAUGUUUUGUUUUUUUGUAUUGAACAUAUAGUUUCACAUCAAACAUUUAAGCUUAAGUAAAGUAAG